AUGAUAUCAACACAAGAGUCGUCAAGGCAACCAGAGGCGGAGAAUCACCGGCCAAUGGACCACGUACCGUCCCUUCCCGUUGACCUCAGGAACAUGGGAAUGCCGGAUUUUGGUAAUCAGUCCAUCCACCGAACAGCAGGAGUCAUGCGUUUGAACGCAACUGGAUUGGAUGAGAAUGGAAGCAGGGUGUCUGAAAAUGCAGAAGACAUGCCCGAAGUUUCUGACGAGAUCAACACCAGUGAUUUGGCUCAGGACGUGGAUCUACUCUACGAGCUGAUUGACGAGAAGGAGGCGGAAACGCGGCAUCUGAGGGAAGAACUUAAGAAGACGCAGGACUGCUGCGUGGAGAUUCAGUCGAAUCUCGAGGAGGCCCAACUCAUAAUCACGGAGCAGCAGGAACAGCUAGCGAUUUACCGCCAGGAAGUCGCUGUCAGCAAGUCCAAUGCAGAAGCCCUUAAGCUGCGCAAUUUCAUUCUUGCGUCCAACAGUCAAGGCACUACCGAUGAGGUCCAGAAAAUCAUCGACGAGUACUCAGGGAUGCUGGAGGAGAUUGAGCGCUUGCGUCUGGAAAAGAAGGACUCCGAGAUGGAGCUUCAACGACUGCGGAAAGAGCGCAGUUUCCUUCGCAAGAAGGCUGACCAACGGCAAGUUUUAGUGGAGCAGGGUGCCGGCAUCCCCGAAGACGGCGGGAAGACAGCCACUCUGACCAGUUCCAGUCGCGUCCAGAAUUCUUCCACAAAUGCAAAUUCGUCAGACACCGAGGACCUUAUUCGCCAACUGCGUGAAGAGAAACGUCACUGGGAGGAAUACGCCAAUCGGCUGGUGCGCACCAUGGUGGAGCACUGCCCGGAUCUCGUCGAUGUCACCCAGACCAGCGGCUCUGAGAAGCCUUUGACAGAACGCGAGCGCAAAUGGCACGACUAUGCCUUGCGUCUGCUCGCUGACACCGUGCGCACCAACCCCAGUUGCCUCACCGACUUCGACAGACGCCUUCUUCAGUCCGUCCAGACCGGUGUCGACGUCGGUAUAGAGUUCGGUGUAGCUGGAGAUGCAGCGCUUCAAACCACCGAGAAGUCGACUAGAACGAACUUUGCGCAAACACGUCGACGCAAGAUUGAUCGACUCAAGGCGUUUUUCCAAAGAGGUGACAGACGCUGA